AUGGGAAAAAAGCAACAUCAGAAAGACAAAUUAUACUUGACAACAUCGGAAUGGAAAUCGAUUGGAGGACAUAAAGAUGACACUGGCACACGGUUACAAAGAGCACAAUUCAAACGUUUGCCAAUCAAUCAUUGUUCUCUGUCACUUUUACCGUUUGAAGAUCCUGUCUGUGCUCGAUCUGGAGAGAUUUUUGAGCUAACUGCUAUUGUCCCGUAUCUCAAAAAACACGGAAAGAAUCCAUGCACAGGAAAACCAUUGGCCGUCAAAGAUCUGGUUCAUCUCAAGUUUGAUAAAGGAGAAGAUGGGAAGUUCAGAUGCCCAGUUACAUUCCGUACAUUCACUGAUCACAGUCACAUUCUGGCAAUCGCUACGACUGGAAAUGUCUAUUCCUAUGAAGCCAUUCAAGAACUGAAUCUGAAAAGAAAUCAUUUGAAAGAUCUUCUCGCUGACGUCCCAUUCACAAGAGCUGAUAUUAUUGAUCUUCAAGAUCCGAAUCACUUAGAAAAGUUCAAUAUGGAACAGUUCCUACAUGUUAAACUAGAUUUGAAGACUUCAGAAGAAAUCAAAAAAGAGAAGGAAGCCAUGAAAGAUCCUAAAUUCUACAUCCGACGAAUGAAUAAUGCUUGCAAAUCAGUGUUGGAUCAGUUGGACAAGGAAUAUGUACCGAAACAGAAUGAAGUCGUUUUGGAACAAACUGCAGACGCCGUCAAUGCAGCUCAUUACAGUCAAGGAAAAGUUGCAGCGGGAUUCACAUCGACUGUAAUGGCACCAGUUACAAGUAACAAAGCAGCAGUACUGGAUGAUGACACAGUAAGGUAUAGUCGAGUCAAGAAGAAUGGCUUUGUUCGUCUUGUCACGAACUUUGGACCUCUCAAUCUGGAAUUGUAUUGCCAAAAAGCACCAAAAGCUUGUGAGAAUUUCAUCACACACUGCUCAAACGGAUACUACAAUAACACAAAGUUUCAUCGGCUGAUUAAAAAUUUCAUGCUUCAAGGAGGAGAUCCAACUGGAACUGGUCACGGUGGAGAAUCGAUUUGGGGAAAACCAUUCACCGAUGAAUUUGUGUCUGGAUUUUCUCACGAUGCUCGUGGAGUUCUCUCAAUGGCAAACAAAGGAUCUAAUACCAAUGGAUCUCAAUUUUUCAUCACUUUCCGACCGUGCAAAUAUCUGGACAGAAAACAUACAAUUUUUGGGAGAUUAGUUGGAGGACAAGAUACUUUAACAACUAUUGAAAAAUUGGAGACAGAAGAAGGAACAGAUAUUCCGACGGUGAAUGUAGUUGUGAUGAGAGCUGAAGUUUUUGUAGAUCCUUUCGAAGAAGCUGAGAAGGAAGUACAAGCAGAAAGAGCCGAGAUCUUGAAAAAAACCUCGAAAGAUACAUCACUGAUGGCUAACAAAAAGGAGAGAGACUCGAAACCUAAAGCAGUUGGAACUGGAAUCGGGAAGUAUAUGCAGUCAGCCGCUGCGGCCAACAAGCGGCAAGGACAAAUGGAUGAUAUUCCCUUGGAAGCCGCGAAAAAGAAAAAGUUUGCGAGAGCUGGGCUCGGAGAUUUUUCCAAAUGGUGA